GCAGGACCCAAUACAUGUCAUGCAAGUGACCUAUCAGUUUUGGGUACCAUCCAAAACAUAUGCUUAAUAUGAGACAGACCCUCACCGAACAACCAUCUAUAUUAAUUCCUAUUUGAAUUAUACAUAGAUACAUACAGCUUGUAACUUUUAACUUGGAAAUCCACUUUUCUUUUAGCUUUCUCAUUGUUCUUCUUCUUCUUCAGCUCCAGUAAUGGUUUCUGCAGAUGCUGCUCGAACUGUAGUUGGUAUCCUAGGAAACAUUAUCUCACUCUUCUUGUUCUUAUCCCCAGUGAAAACAUUUAUUCAAAUAUGGAAGGAAGGUUCAGUGCAGAACUACUCACCAGCACCAUACCUUGCAACCCUGAUGAACUGCAUGGUCUGGACCUUGUACGGCCUUCCCAUGGUGCACAGCCAUAGCACACUAUUGGUGACCAUUAACGGGUCGGGUUCUGCCAUUCAGCUCGCAUACGUAAUCCUCUUCUUGAUUUACUCGGACAGGCAAAAGAGGCUGAGAGUUUUUCUGGUGUUGCUACUUGAACUGUUCUUUAUCAGCCUUCUCACGGUUUUAGUUCUAACUCGUGUCCAUACGCACAAAGACCGAUCUAUGAUUGUCGGUAUCAUAAGCAUUUUCUUCAGCGUCAUGAUGUAUGCUUCUCCAUUGGUUGUCAUGAAAUUGGUGAUUACCACCAGAAGUGUGGAGUUUAUGCCAUUUUUCCUCUCCUUCACUUCCUUUGCCAAUGGUCUUGCCUGGACUGCUUAUGCUUUUAUCCCUUUCGACCCUUUCAUCGCUGUACCAAAUGCUGUGGGAUCAAUGUUUGGGCUGGCACAGUUGAUUCUCUAUGCCACGUUCUACAGAUCCACAAAGCUAGUGAUCGGAGAAAGAAAACACAAAAGCGAGGUGGAUUUGUCAGAGGUGGUGGUGGUGAUUGCUGCAGAAGACUCCAGGAAGGUAGGCAGUGCACCUCAGGACGGUGGUGCUUCUGAAACCAAUGGUACAUGAGAGAUUGUCCUAUCACCAGUACCAUCAUCGGAUGACUCGACCCCAAUUCCAAGAUGUUAGCCUAGUCCGAUGACAUGUCAAAUUAUGUCCGUUUCUUUUUACCUGUGUUCACAACAGCUUGACACCUGUACCUCCACAUGUUACAAUAUAGAGGCAUGUCAGCCAACUUAUGACAUUGCCCAGUCAGUUAAAUCUGUUUUGCAA